AUGUCUGAUUUACCAGAGGACCGUAUAGAUCCUUCGUCCCCCUUCUCUUAUUGUGCAGUGGAUUUCUUUGGACCAUUCACUAUCAAAGAAAAAAGAAGCCUAGUAAAACGAUACGGUGUUCUUUUACCUGCCUAGCGAGUAGAAAUGUCCAUUUAGAAACGGCAAAUUCACUCAAUACAUCACCUUUCAUCAAUGCCUUUGAGUCGAUUUUUAAGCCGACAUGGUCCUGGAAGACAAUUAAGAUGUGAUCAAGGCACCAACUUCGUAGGAGCCCGAAAUGAGCUGAGAGAAAUGAUCAAUGUCGGAUACACAAGCAUAUGAUCCAACAUGGCUCAGAAUGGGUACCAUUUCAAAUGGACGUUCCCCAUGCUAGUCACAUGGGAGGUUCCUGGGAAUGAAUGAUUCGAACUGUUCGUGAUGCACUCGAAUUUGUACUUAUCUCCUCUGGUAGUCAACUGGAUGAUGAAGCUUUCAGGACAUUCAUGACCGAAGCUGAAUGCAUUGUAAACUCCAGACCCCUGACGACAAAUGAACUAAUGAACAAAUGAACUAAUGAUAAAUGACAAAUGAUCCUGAAAUGUUAGAACCAUUGACACCAAAUCACUUGCUCACACUUAAAUCGAAAGUUGUUCUACCACCUCCAGGACAAUUCCAAAGAGCAGAUUUAUAUUCCCGAAAGUGGUGGAGAAGAGUUUUUUUACAUAAUCGUCAUAAGUUGUCAGAAGUGGAGUCGUCCACAGAGAAAUAUGUCGGUUGGUGAUAUAGUAAUAUCGAAAGAGAGUGAAGAACCACACAACAAGUGGCCACUUGCUAAAGUAGUAGACGUUUACCCAAGUGAAGACGGAUGUGUAAGAAAGGUGCGUAUUCUAAAGUCAGACGGAGAUCUGGAUAGACAAG